AUGCUUCGAUUCGUCCUUUUCCAUGCAGUCUGGACGCUGGCGACCUCAUCGGCUUCGGCCACCAUGUCCAUCGACAAGACGUGGGGCAAACAGUUCAGGAGCAAGAUCAAUGACUUGCCGCCACCGAGUGAUACCUGCUUUGUGUGCUUUUACGAGCAAACCGGCUUUGCUGGACCCGAGUUCUGCGUCGGCAAACGGGCAAAGAGGUGCACGGAAGCAAACCCGAUUGUUGCACCAGGUGCGAUCAAGAGUAUCAAGUUUGGUGACGGCUGCGACCUCGUCGUAAAUGUUCGUGUGAUGGACGCGCCUUUCGAUGAGCACGUUACUCUCUUUUCAGCGGACGUUGCCGACACGGGCUACAACCUCACCACAUCGAAGCAAUCGGUUCAAGAAGUGUAUGUUGAAGAAGCGGGACGGGCUUGUUUCCUCGGAGCGCCUAACUCGGGCGAUGGCUUCGGGGUGUGCUAUUCAGACAACGUACCUGUCGUCGACGACAGAUACCAAGACUCGAUUUCGGAGGUGAUGCUUUUCAAGACCGAUGCGAACGACUUUGACGUGAUCGUGUACGACAACGAAUACUACAAUGAGCGCGACAAUUCUCUGGCGAACGAGGGUGCUGUUGGGCUCCAACAGCGCUUCACUGGCUUCAGCAAGAUCCUCAAAAGGGGCCCAAAAUCCCGAGCGAGCAGAACCAUGCCGAACAGCAUCCGCUCAAUCAAGUUUGUUCGCUAG